CAUAAAUAAUAUUAUUUUUAUUAUCUUAAUUAUGUUUGUUAUAGCAGCAUGCAAGUAAUUCAUAACCGCAUUGGCACUACCAAAAACAAAAGAAAUACAUUUUUAAUCAAUGUUCAAACCCAGAAGUGUGCUUUAGAGUGCCACUCAGGAAACUCAGGCCAUUUUUUUAAUAAUUUAAAAAUAUCAACAAAAAGCAAUACUGCCCUAUAAAAAAAGCACAUUUACUUAUAAAACUUCCCACUAUGGGAAACUGCCUAAAAUGCUUCCAAUCGUCCUCCGAGCAAACAAGUGCUCCUGGAACAAUAGGCUCAUCCACUGCACCCACUUGCCAAAACACUAGCCUAGAAUCUCGAUAUGGAGGUGUAAGCUCAACUUCACAUGAACGCAAUAUUUACAUUGACAUCCCUCGAGAAACAGAUGAAUUGCUCUCUCCAAGAAGUCCACUGAAAAAUGCAAACAAUUGUGAUAAUAAGCGAAGUAGUUUUAAGAAACCUGUAGUUAUGUUAAAUGGAAACGCCAACGCGAUGGGUGAUAUAAAAACAACAGUAAAAGAAUCCCUUGAGGUUUCUGAUAAUACUCUCAACCAAUUAUUUGAAAAGUAUAAAGAUCCCGAAGAAGAUAUGAUAUUAUCAGAAGGCAUUGAACGUCUUUGCCGCGACCUUGACUAUUUACCAGAUGAGUUUGCAAUACUCGUUUUAGCGUGGUGCUUAGAUGCUUCCCAAAUGUGCCGAUUUACGAAAGUAGAAUUCAUUGAAGGAUUGCACAAAAUGCGUGCAGACACAAUAGAAACCAUACAUAUAAGACUGGAGCAAACAAUUGAAAUGCUCAAAGUAGAUGCUGAAAUGUUUAAGCAACUUUAUCGAUUCACAUUUCGUUUUGGCUUAGAACCAGAUCAGCGUAUACUAUCUCUUGAUAUGGCAAUAUCAUUAUGGAAACUAGUAUUUACAGUAUUUACACCAGAUCUCCUUAGUAAUUGGAUACACUUUUUAGAACAGCAUCCUAGCAUACGUGGCAUACCGAAGGAUACAUGGAAUAUGUUUUUGAACUUUUCUGAACAAUGUGAUAUAUAUAAUUACGAUGAUACAGAAGCUUGGCCAAGUUUAUUUGAUGAUUUUGUUGAUUACGAGAAAUCACGUUUGGAAACUAUUAAAGAACAGCAAACAACGCAUGAUGAUGAUAACAACAACGAUGAACAACAAUCGCAUCAAAAAAUAAUUGCUGGCAUAGAAACUUCAUAGUACUAAAAUUGUAAAAAUUAUAAUCAAUCUGAAUUAUGUAUAAGUAUAAAUGCGUAUGUAUAUAUAUA